AUGUCUCAGCAAUCGAAUGAUGAAUCUCCCGUUUCAGACUCAGCAACAACGGAAGAGUCCUCUAACCCUAAUAGGGUCCUUAAGGUGGUCCCUUUAAGGACGAUUAGCAGUGACGAAGUAAAGGCCACAAAGCCUAAAAUGACUCAUGCAAAACGACCCAAGGAGGGUAUUCACAACAAGGGUACCAAAUCCUCAGCAUCUGCUACCAUGGAGGAACUUACUAAAGAAGGAUCCAAAUAUGUCGAUAGCGCAAUUACCAGGAUUGUCACUCGUAUUCUGAAGGAGAAUCAUCAAGUGCCUGGAAUAUCUAUUCCUCUUCAAACCAUAAUGGCUGAUCCCCUCAAUAACACCAGUAACGCUGAGGCUGUUCACACCGUUGAUAGUGACCUAGAAAUCAACAAGGAUGAACAAGGGGUUACUAAGAAUACCAAUGUCACCAAGGAUGUCAAUGACAUUGACAAUAAUGAGCACCCUAAGACCAAUACUGAAACUGAUACUAAUGUGGUAGACUUAGAUGAGAAGAAGAGUACUUCUGCAGGUCCUAUCAAGAGCAAAGCUGUUACCAAGAGUAAAGGGGUUGGUCCUUCAAAAUCUUGGAGCAGGAUCAUUCCAAAGAAAAGAAAAGAGCGGGAAAUUGUUGAACCUGAAUCUGAUGUUGAAGUAAAUGUCCUUGACAUUCCAUCAAGGAAGAAGCCUACAACCAGUAAGCUUGCUGCUAGCAUCCCUGAAGUUCCCAUUGAUAAUGUGUCUUUCCACUAUGCCUCUAGUGUCAGCAGAUGGAAAUAUGUUCUCCAAAAGAGAUUGGUUGUUGAAAGGGAAUUGGCUCCAAAUGCUCUUGAAAACAAGGAGGUCUUAGAGAUGAUUCAAGAAGCUGGACUGCUAAAAACUGUGUGCAAUCUUCCCAAAUGUUAUGAGAAGUUGGUCAAAGAAUUUGUGGUAAACCUAUCUGAAGAUUGUGGCAAUAGCAGAAGUGCAGACUACAGAAAAGUGUUUGUAGGAGGUAAGUGUGUAUCGUUCUCUCCUUCUGUGAUUAAUAAAUUCUUGGGAAGAACAGAUGAAGCUCAAACCGAGCUAGAAGUAACAGACAACCAAGUCUGUCAAGUGAUCACAGCCAAGCAGGUAAAAAGCUGGCCCAUGAAAGAGAAGCUAACUGCAACUAAGCUGAGCAUCAAGUAUGCAAUGCUUCACAAAAUAGGAGCAGCUAAUUGGGUUCCAACAAAUCACAAGUCCACUAUCUCAACUGUGCUUGGUAGAUUUCUGUAUGCUGUAGGAACAAAGGCAAAGUUUAAUUAUGGAGCAUAUAUUUUUGACCAAACCAUGAAGCAUGCUGGAAGCUUCAGUAUUAAGGGUCCAAUCGCCUUUCCAUCCCUCUUGAGUGGUAUAAUUCUAGAUCAAUAUUCAAAUAUUCUUAAUGAACAUGAUGUAGUGUGCAAAAGAGAAAGUCCCUUGGCUUUCCAUUACAAACUGUUUCAAGGAAAGCAUGUUCCAGACAUUGUCAUGACAUCAGCUGAAACUUCCAAAUAUGGAGCUUCAGUCAGUAAAGCAGAAGUCAUAGCAAUACUAAAAGAGACUUGCAAAGAACUGGAAUCUAGAAAAAUGUCUCUUGAACAAAUGAUAGAUACUCUGGAAAUGGAUGAGAAUGAGGAGUUUGUAGAUACUGAAGAGAUGGAAGAUAAAGAUGAUCAAGAAUUGGAAGAAGAAAGUGCUAGUCCUGCUGAUGACUCUGAGAAAGAAAGUUCUUCAGACACCUCAGCUGGAUCUGACUCUGAGUAG